AUUUCAUUACAAUCAAAAGAGAAUUAACUGUUUUCCCUCCAUUUCUAAUUUUUUCAAGAACUCAAAUCUCUUCAGAGAAAAUCUUCUAAGAAGUUUCAGCAAUGGAAACUACAAAAGCAACCAAGGGAGGAGCCAAAGGAGCCGGAGGAAGGAAAGGCGGAGACAGGAAGAAGUCGGUGACCAAGUCCGUCAAGGCUGGACUUCAGUUCCCCGUGGGUCGUAUCGCUCGAUUCCUCAAGAAGGGAAGGUACGCUCAACGUACUGGUACCGGUGCUCCCGUCUACCUUGCUGCUGUUCUUGAAUACCUCGCCGCCGAGGUUUUGGAGUUGGCCGGAAAUGCUGCUCGUGACAACAAGAAGAACAGAAUCAACCCUAGACAUGUUCAACUGGCUGUGAGGAACGAUGAGGAAUUAGGGAAAUUGCUUCACGGUGUUACAAUCGCAAGCGGUGGUGUUCUUCCCAACAUUAACCCAGUUUUGCUACCGAAGAAGACUAAGUCUGCUGAAUCUGAAAAAACUGCAUCCAAAUCACCCAAAUCUCCCAAAAAGGCCUAAAUACAUUAAUGGAAAAGCUAGUUGAUAUGUAAUUGAAAUUAGGUCUUGAUUUGGUUCUUGUAGAGGUUACUGCUUUUCGUUUGUUUUCUUUGCAAUCGCUUUAAAGAUUGCAUUUUUAGUAUUAGGUUGUACCCUUUGCAAAUCUUUUUGGUUUGGUUCUUGGCGAAAUAUGCAAUGGAAAUUUACCUUUAUUUAUCA